UUAAACCAGCAACCACUAAUAAUGAGAAAUCUCUUCCUUAUAUCGUGGAAUCACUUAAAUCAGUUCCCACGCAUGAACCUUUGAUUAAGCCAUUUGUGUCAUACAAACUUUCGAUUAAACCUGUUGCCACCUUUUGA